CUCUGAAUGGGCGUGGUCUUAUUUUGGCUUGAAGAGGUUUCUGAAAAAUGCUGAAGUUUUAUUAUGACUCAUUUUCUCAGCCAUGCAGGGCAUUGCUGAUUCUCCUGGAGUUUAAUAAUGUUCCUUAUGAACCCUGUUUGAUCAACUUGGCAAGAGGGGAUGGGUUUAAGGAAGAGUUUCGUAAAGUGUCACCAGCUGGUAAGGUUCCGGCUAUUGAUGAUGAUGGAUUUCAAUUAGUUGAAAGUGCUGCAAUAAUGAAGUAUGUUGUUUCUAAGUACAGGCUACCUGAUCACUGGUAUCCUAAAGACAUACGUAAAAGAGCAAAGAUCGAUGAGUAUCUCAGUUGGCACACUGAUAACUUGAGGAAUGGAGCUGCCUCUUACAUGUUCCACAAGUACAUUGGUAAAAAGAUGAUGGGGCUUGUACAUGAUGAGAAGAGAAUUAAAGAUGCAAAGAAGAUGCUACAAAAAAGUGUCAAGAUGAUUGAGAGCCGUUUUCUAAAGGACACCCCAUUCAUUAAUAGUCACAAGAUUACAGUGGCUGAUCUUCAAGCAUUGUGUGAACUGACUCAGCUGUGGAUAGUGGAAGGAGAGAUAGAUCCUUUGAGAGAGAGUCCAAAAUUAAAGGAAUGGAUGGAUAGAUGCACACGAACUCUCGGUGCAUCUUUUGACAGAGCUCAUGCUUUGCUGUACAGAGCUAGAGGGAAAGGAACUUUUAAUAGUAAACUAAACAUGUCUGGACUUAAGCUUUUCUUUGAUGCUUUUUCUCAGCCAUCUAGAUCAGUGUGGCUUUUACUAGAGACAAAUGCAAUACCUUUUGUUCCCUCGCUAGUGAACAUUGCCAGUGGUGACCAGCAUACAAGAAAGGAUUUCUUAGAAGUUGCCCCCAGUGGUACAGUCCCUGCAAUUGAUGACAAUGGAUUCUAUUUAUUUGAAAGCUCUGCAAUUAUGAAAUAUAUUGUAAGUAAAUACCAAUUACCUGAUCACUGGUAUCCAAGCGAUAUGAGCAAGAGAGCAAAAAUUGAUGAAUAUCUUAGCUGGCAUACGGGCAAUUUGAGAAUGGGAGCUGCUGGCUAUAUGUUCAUGAAGUAUAUUGCUAAAAAGAUGCUUGGUAAAGAGCCGGAGGAGAAAAAUGUUGAAGAGGCGUAUAACAUGCUACAGAAGAGCAUGAACCUAAUUGAGAAUUACUACCUUAAGGAUACUCCAUUCAUCAACAGUAAAGAGAUAUCAAUUGCUGACAUACAAGCUGCUUGUGAAUUUACCCAGUUCUACAUGGCUGAUCUUGAUAUGCUGAAGGACAGACCUCAUUUGAAUGAUUGGAUGGAGAGAUGUAAGUCUGAGCUCUCACCUAAGUUUGAUGCUGUGCAUGCUAUGGUGUACUUGGCAAGAGAGAAAGGAGCUUUUAAAGAUCUGUAACGUUAAAAAUUAGUAAAACUUACAAAUGUCAAGUGUACAACAUUUUGUGCAUUAUUAGUCUAUUUAAAAAUUUUGAA